CACUUCUUCCCAGAAGGCCAUUGGGGAAGAGACGCCAUAGUGCUUUCCUGUUGUGCGGUUGUGUGCUAGAGUGAACGAGGAAAUCGGAAGGGAGUGAGAGUGUGCUUUGCUCUGAUACAUUUAUUUCAUUCUCGGGACCCUUUUUUGUUGAAACAACCUCCUUUCAAAAACAACAACGAUUUCUCGUUAUCCUUCGUUUAUUUCCCUGUAGACUUUAUCGCUCACUAUUUAACACCUAUUUCUAGCAUUUUCUCUUCUCCGCUUCUCUCCCCGAGAUACAAAACUCUUAUAUCUUCUCUCUUUUUAUUAUUCUUUUUCCCCGUUUUAUUCACCCCCCGACACACUACACUACACUACAACAAUUAUUUCUGCAAUGAGUCAAUACAUCCAAGUUGCCGAGGACGAGAAUUCGGAGCUGAUCGAGAUCCCCAUCGAGCUGGAUGGUACUCUCUUGCUGAGCACCCUCUCUGCCCAGUUCCCCGGCGCUUGUGGUCUCAAGUACCGCAACCCCAACACAUGUGCAGUGCGCGGGAUUCGACUCAGCCUCGGACAGUUGUAUCCUCCCGAAGACGGAUGGGAAGAUCGUGUUUACUUCAGUGUCUUUCCAAAAGAUAACAAGAGGAAGAGUGAUGAUGGCAUGGACAGCGGAGCCAUCAAAGCCAAGAGAGUCAACAAAAAGUGUAGCGACCUUAUUGUGUUGGGCCUACCUUGGAAAAGUACUGAAGAAGAUCUGAGACAAUAUUUUUCACAGUUUGGUGAACUGUUAAUGGUGCAGGUUAAAAAAGACUUGAAAACUGGGCAGUCAAAGGGCUUUGGUUUUGUUCGAUUCCAAGAUUAUGAAUCGCAAUUAAAAUGUAUCAACCAAAGACACAUGAUUGACGGGCGUUGGUGUGAUGUGAGGAUUCCAAACUCCAGGGAUGGUAGUCAACAGCAAGUAAACAGUAAAGUGUUUGUUGGCCGGUGUACAGAAGACAUGACCGAAGAUGACCUUCUCACUUACUUCUCUAAAUAUGGUGAAGUCAUUGAUGUCUUUAUCCCCAAACCAUUCCGGGCGUUCGCAUUUGUUACAUUCACUGAUCCUGAUAUUGCUCAAGCUUUGUGUGGCGAAGACCACAUUGUGAAGAAUGUCAGCGUUCAUGUGAGCAGUGCACUGCCGAAACCUGCAGAUAAACACAAUAGCGGCAACUCUGGCAACUGGGAUAGGCGUGGUCCUCAAGGCAACUAUAAUCAAGGUUAUGGACAGGGUGGGUGGAAUCAGGGAAACCGCAAUAGUAAUGGCAAUAUGAAUGGACCCCCGAUGAAUUUUGGCAACUUUCAGAUAAAUCCAGCAAUGUUGGCAGCUGCUCAGGCCAUGCUUAGUGGGCCUGGGGGGUGGGGGCCAUUAGGAAUGGGACAAGGUGGAGGGGGAGAGUCUAACAGUCAAAAUAGCAACCAAAGCUUUGGUAGUAUUGGUAGUGGUCCCAAUAACAAUUAUUUGGGUUGGGGUGGCCCAGCAGAAAAUGGUCAAGGGCAUUCAGCAAAUUGGGGGGGUUCACUAUCAAAAUCUGGUGGAUGGAAUUAACGGCUGAUCAUUGUUUGCAAUGCAUUUUAAUAUAUUUUUUCCUCCAUCUUUUUGUCUUUUCUUCACUCAGUCCCAUUCAUACCUGAUUCACUGUUCUUUAGCAGUUGUCACGUUCCUUUUUGAUCUUGUCAAAUUUGCCAUAAGUCAAGGUCUUUUCAUUUAAUCACUCUCAGUCCAGUUUCCUAAUUUUCAGUGUGUAUGCAAGUGUAUAUAUGUUCAUAUAUGUAUUAUAUAUGUAUAUUUAUAUAUGAUGUAUACACACUGAAAAUUUAUUACCUGGGCUGUCAUCUUAUUUUGAUAUUUCCCCCUCCCCUCUCCUUUCUUUCCCCUCUUCAUACUUUUGUUAUACACGUUUGUUGAAUGUUGUGAGUGAUCUGUCAUACUUCACUUUCCCAUAACUGCCGACCAACUUUAGACAGCAGCACUUUUAGAACAGUCCCUCUAUAUACAUCUAUAUAUCUUGCAUUUUCACUUGAUUCAGUGCAAUUUUGUAUUGUUGAGUGAAAAUUUUGUGCAGCUUUACUUUGAAGAGAGACAUUGUGAACUGUCUAAAUUGUCUCCCCUUACCCUAUACAUUCCUUCUUCGUUUCCUUCAUUUCGCUCUUGGAUGAGCUGCUUUCUAUCAUUUCAUCUACUCAUUCUUUUUUUUUCUUUUCUGCUCAGUAAUGUGACUCUCCUAGAAAUUCCACUAAAAUAUACUUUCAUCUCCCUCCCCCCCUCAUCGUUUGAUUUUUCUGCUGCUGUAUUGCCUGAAAAGAAUCCCUUACUGACUUUUCUUUUCCAUAUCUCCUAUUUGUAAACAUUUCCCUUUAUUUUUUUUUUCUUUCUUUUGAAUGAGUGUUAGCUUUGGUCUGGGUCAGUGAAGAUCAUUUUAGUUGUGUGGUGGGUGACCAUUGGUAAUAUGUAAAUAGUUGCCAGUCGUUUGGAUUGCACGCACGGACUGAUGCACGCAUGACAGAUGUGAACGAACUGAAUCAACUUUGUUGAAUGGGUGACGGAUGUCUCCUUUUUUUGCGUGUUGAAUGGGAGCUGAUCUGUAGAGAAAGUAAAUAAAUAUAAAAUGCAUGAAGGUCUUGUGUUUUGUGGCAGUUGAGAGAGUUUGCUCUUUGUUGCAGGGGCUGGGCAAGAAUACAAAGAAAAUUGUGUAUUUAGUUGAAUGUCUGGGACUUGUUUAAAAAUGAAACAGGUUCAAGUAUCGGUAAAAUUGCAUUUUUUUUUUUCGUCCCACUCCACAGCAAACUGCCCUUUAUGCUUGGCAUCAUAAUGAUUAUAAGAGAUGAUUGUUACAAUUGUUUUGUGAAAAUUUAUAGUGUUUAGGGUAAUGUUCAUAUUAAAAUCAAUUUGGCAAAUUGUUCAGAUGAGUUUAAAGAUACCCUGUUGGGAGAUUUCAGAUCCCAUUUGGAUUGUAGCAUUUAAAAAAAAAAAAAGUUUCAUUUUCAAGUAAUGAGAAAUGGGUAUGAACACUAGUGAUGCUGCAUUAUACCAAUAAUAGUGGAAAAUUACUGACUUUCAUACUUUUAGAAUUCCAAUUGAUUUACCCUCCCAAUAUACUUUGUCAUUCCAACUGAGUAAUUUUCAUAUUGCAUUUUUUUUUUAAUAUUUCAAAUGACUCGACAUGGGUUCUUCACCCAGCAACAGAACCCUGAUUGCCAUGGUUCAUCAGCAUUUCAACUGGUGGAGAGGGACGUAUCAAGUGAUACCUAUUUCGACGUAAUGAUGACGAAACUGUUUUUCUUCACAGCGAAAUUCAACAAUUUCCUCCAUUACGGUGCCUGUUUCUUCAGCUACGUGCACUGCUGCCCUAAAACAGCUGCUGCUGUCUGCAACCUGUCUGUGAUAACAUAGUUGGCUAUUUGUAAACACCUUUUUUUAUUUUUAUGAAAAAAAAAACCAAAAAAAACUGACAUUUAAUACAGUGCCAUUGACUGUAUCUCAGGGAUAAAUUUAGAUGUUGGCCUUU